AUGCCCCGUGCAUCAUUUGAGAUGACUAAUAUCUCUCUCGUAAUCCUCAUUGCCACCUCCUUUAGCGGAGUUGUUGGCCUAUGUCUAGCGGGACUUGACAAUUCAAAUGGUCCCAGUCAAAGUCAAACGAUGUCCUCGAACUCAGCUACACAGAAUUCUCAAACGUUUGAUCAAACUGCCGUUGAGAAGUGUCGGGAUAUUGUCGAAAAUUUUUGGAAGGGACUCUUACAAAAAGGAGAUGCACUUCUGGAAAUCCAAACCGUCUUACAUGCCGCUAUCGCAGAAUCACAAGUCCUCACUCAACUCGACUUUAGACCAGGAUUCAACCAUUAUCUCGAGCUCCUCGACAGCGUUCACGAAGCAGAAGAGCCCCCCAGUUCUCAGAGGGAUAGAACAUUGGGAGAAUCAGGUCACAAAGAAGGUUCAGGACAACCAGAACCACUUGAGUCAGUUGAAAAGGAGAAGGAACUCCAUUCUAGAUUGCGCAGAAGAGUGUGUUCAGAAGAAGAGGAAAGUGGGGCAUCCGAAGAUGACACCGAGUACGUUCUUUGA